AACGGCGGCAUAUGGGAACUGGUUCCCUCCUCUCUCUCUCUCUCUCUCCUCUAAAACUAUCAACUCCUCCAGAGCUCCAACUCCAAGCUUCCGCUCUCCAAUAAUGGCGGCCAAACCAAUCAGCUCGAUCUCAAUCUCAGCGGGCGACGACCCUCCUAACCCCUCAUCUCUCUCCACCUAUCUCGGCCUCUCCUUCGCCGUCUUCUUAGGCCUCCUCCCCAAAUCCUCCAUCCCCUACCUCUCCUCUCUCCAAUCCCGCAACCGAAUCCUCGGCCUCAAGCUCUUCCAGGCUGAGGACCAGCUGAAAACCCUGAGGUCGAGGAGGAAGGAGGACUCCAAGGCCAACGCCCGCGUCGUCGAGAUCUUCGCCAGCCACCGCCACGCGUGGCAGCAGGAGGAGCGGCAAUAUCUCUCUAGCUCAAAGAUGCUGGAUCUCGUGGCGGCGAGGAGAGAGGAAGAGGAGGAGCAAGAGGAGGCUAGGGUUAGGGUUUCGGAGGGGCUGGGGUUUGGGGAGAUGGACGAGAUGGCGGCGGCUUAUUACGCAGGGGAGAAGGGGAGGGAUUCGAAACGAUGGGUGGAGAGGGCUGCCAGCGGGUGGCAGCAGGAUAUGCAGUAUGAUUCUCUUGAAUCUAUGUAUCACAUGAAAAAUUUUGUAUCAAGGAGGGAAUCCCCUUGGAAGGUGGACGGUGAUUCAACUGUUUCCUCUAAGCUUAAAUUACUGGAGCAAGAGUUGAGUAAUUUGUCCAAGGUAUCAUCAUUGAUGAGGAAGCAAGCAAAGAGAUACCAAUCUCUUACUGGGAAAAUCGACGAUCUAUGCAGGAGAAUGCAAGCCAGUGACCCUUGUGAGCCAACCCUGAGUCCAGAGUUCCGGACACAGCAGCAGACAGAGUUCCUGCUCGAAGCUGUCCGCCUCCAACAUCGAUCAACUGAAACACGACAAAAACUGAGCUCCCUGCAAGUAGAGACAACAAAGAGCUUCGCAGGAGACGAGCUCACAGGACAGUCAAAACUAAGCACAAGAAGGUCCUUGGAUACAAUUGGAAACAACUUCAAGGAGAUACAAAGGAAUCUGGAGAUCUGGUUAGCAAGAAUCAUCGGUGAUGUUGAGGGUAUUUUAGCGAGGGAUGGCUCAUCACGUGUAAGGGAUUAUUGCAUAUCUCAGUACCCCUUGGUUCGAUGAUGUCUCAAAAUCACGUACGAGAUUUUUCGGCAUCUUCAGUAUAAUUUAUAUUGUUUUAUUAUAGCUAAACUAUCGAUGAUGAAGAUGACACGUAAAUAUACAGCACUCUUGACUUAGUAUAGAUUUAAAACAUAACUGAUGACUUCGCUUUAA